UGUCUCUCCAAUUCCCUCUGCCACACGACACCAUGAAUCGGAUGCAGGUGGCAUGUGCAUAAAGGGGAUGAUGAAGAACUCAGUUGGCAUCUGAGCUUGGAUUUCCGUUUCUCUCACUCCACUCCUUUUCCAUGUCCCGUUAUAAUUAGAGGCGCCUCCGGAUGGAUCCAGCAGACGCACCGGAGAUGGCGCGGCAAGCUCCGAGCCCCAGAGCAUCAUCCGAGGCCGUGCCGGUCGCCGACGGCGGCCUGAUCUCCGGGAAGAAGUCGGUCGGGUCUUCGCCGGGGAAGAAGGCCGGGUGCCACCUCAGACAGACGAGGAGCGGGCAGGUGAUGAAGAUGGACUCGGAAGAGGUCGGCAGCGGAGCAAGCCUGAGCCGAGCCUCCAGCGCGAGCUUGGGCUUCUCCUUCUCGUUCACCGGCUUCACCGCCCUCCCUGAAGACAUAGUCUCUGAUAUCAGAGCUUUCCGUGAAAUCGAAAACAGUAAUUCAAUUCAUCCAAGAUCAAGAACGGCUUUCCAUUCCUCUGUUCAUUACUUUUGGCUUGCAGGAGCUGAUCUGGAGUCUGGAGAAACUAGGAGAAAGAUGAUGGCAGAGCCAACUUAUCCAAUAUAUCUUAAGUUUACGGAUGUUGGAUACAAAGUUCUUGAGAAAAGAAUAACGAGUAGCACAGAGAAAGAUAUUCUCCGAGGAAUUACAGGUUCAGCUAGGCCUGGAGAACUCUUGGCCCUAAUGGGGCCUUCGGGCAGUGGGAAAACUUCACUCCUCAGUCUCCUUGGUGGAAGAAUUACUGGUAAUAUUAUUCGAGGAUCCAUCAGUUACAAUGAUGAACCGUAUUCCAAGUCCCUGAAGGGCAGGAUUGGGUUCGUCACGCAGGAUGAUGUUCUGUUUGCGCAUCUCACUGUAAGAGAGACAUUAACGUACGCCGCUUUGCUAAGGCUGCCGAAGACAAUGACGAGACAGCAGAAGGAAGAAAGGGCGAUGAACGUUAUCACUGAGCUGGGGCUUCAGAGGUGCCAAGAUACGAUCAUUGGUGGAUCCUUUACUAGAGGAGUGUCAGGUGGGGAGAGGAAGAGAGUGUGCAUUGGGAAUGAGAUCCUUGUCAAUCCUUCCCUGCUCUUCCUCGAUGAGCCUACGUCUGGUCUCGAUUCAACAACAGCCCUGAGGAUUGUUCGAGUGCUGACUGAGAUAGCUGAGUCGGGCAAAACGGUGGUGACGACGAUUCAUCAACCAUCUAGUAGGCUCUUUCAUAGCUUCGAUAAGCUGAUUCUGCUGGGAAAGGGUAGCUUGCUCUACUUUGGGAGGGCAUCGAAGGCCAUGUCUUACUUUUCGUCCAUUGGAUUUUCUCCUCUGAUAGCAAUGAGCCCGGCAGAGUUCAUAGUAGAUCUCGCAAACGGCAACACCAAUGAUGUCACAAUACCGGCGGAGUUGGAGGUCAAAGGGCGGCCGGGAGAAUCAGAUUGGGACGGCAGAAGUGGCAAGCUAUCUCCGGAAGAUGUGCAUGAGUAUCUGGUAAAGACUUAUGAAACGAGAGUCGCCGAGAAGAAGAAGAAGAAGAAAACUCUGGCUCCGCUUCCGAUAAGCGAAGACUUGAAGGCUAGAGUUUCAUCGUCGCGGAGAAGAGAUUGGGGAGCAAACUGGUGGCAGCAAUACUCCAUUCUCUUCUGGAGAGGGUUGAAGGAACGAAGGCAUGAUUAUUUGAGUUGGAUGAGGAUCACUCAAGUUCUUACCAUUGCAGUGAUCCUUGGAUUGCUCUGGUGGCAAUCAAACACUAGGACUAUCAGAGAUUUAGAAGAUCAAGCAGGCUUGCUGUUCUUCAUAUCUGUCUUCUGGGGCUUCUUUCCUGUGUUCACAGCGAUCUUCACAUUCCCUCAAGAAAGAGUGAUGUUGAACAAAGAAAGAGCAGUCGACAUGUACAGGCUGAGCGCAUACUUCAUGGCGAGGACGACGAGCGAUCUUCCACUCGAGCUCUUCCUCCCUGUAAUAUUUCUGCUGAUUGUCUACUUCAUGGCGGGACUGAGGCUCAGCAUUCCUCACUUCUUUCUCAAUAUGCUCGUGGUGUUCCUCACCAUCAUUGCUGCUCAGGGCCUAGGGCUGGCCAUUGGUGCUUCGAUCAUGAACAUCAAGAAGGCAACGACUCUAGCUUCAGUAACAGUGAUGACAUUCAUGCUGGCCGGAGGAUUCUUUGUGAAGAGAGUUCCUGGAUUCAUUGCCUGGCUCCGUUUCCUGUCGUUUAACUAUCACUCCUACAGACUGCUACUCAAGGUUCAGUACGACCACGUACCUCCCUCUCUAGAUGCCCCCGAACUCGACAAUGGCGUUAAGGAAGUCGCAGUGAUGAUCGCCAUGGUGUUUGCUUACAGAUUCUUGGCAUAUGUGUCCUUGAGAAGAAUGGAGAUGGCCAAGUGAAAAAAAAAAGAUUAAAUCGCCUUUUUCUUUAAUUUCUUAGCUGUUGAUCCAGAGCAUUUUAUAAGAACAACAGAGGAAAAUGCUCGAUCGAGUCUGACUUUGUAAAUUAUUGAAGUUCUAAGCUUUUGGAAUGAAUAUAAAAUCCACCAUUAAUUAUCUU